AUGGCAUCAAUUCCAUGGCUUCUUCGGGUUGUUGUUGGAUCACUCCUUCUAAUUGUAACAUCAGUUGUUUUUACGUUCAUAUCUCCUGCAGCUGACCUCCAAUUUAGAAUCCAUCAGCCAAUUGACGCUCCAAGUUUUCUCACUCAAAUUAAAUUUAAUCUUACUAACUUUAACUAUGAAGGAGAGUGUUCUAAAGUAUUUAAAAGUAAAAAAAAUAAUGAAAGAGAUUUGCUAUUGCUUGGUGGUUCUUUUCCUGAAAUAAAAAAAUGGAAAGAAUCAGAGCCAUUGGUUUAUGGACAAUUAAAAAUGAGUCAAGAAACUAUUCCAAAUGCAAAGAAAAUUUUUGUAUUAAUUGGUGAUCCACCAACAUCAGAUUUUAUUAGUAAUAUGAAUGAAUGUGGAGUAGAAGUUGUCCAAGCAAAUAAUGUACCUCAAGGAAAUGGUGUUAUUAUUAGGUUUUUUGCAUGGUUAAAUUAUUUAAAAGAAAAUAAAGGAAAAUAUGAUCGUGUUGCAUUAUCAGAUAUUCGUGAUGUAUUUAUAUUUGGAGAUGCAUUUGCUACAUUUUCAAAAGAUGAAAUAUAUUUAUCAUAUGAAUGUUUAAUAAAUAAAAGAGGAAAUGUUGAAUGCAAUGAUUUUAGAGAUACUUGGAAUCGUGGAUGGAUCAGUCAGUUCUUUGGACAUGAUACAGCAUAUCAAUAUGCUAAAAAUCGUACGUUGAUAGUUAAUGCAGGAUUUACAUUUGGAGGAUAUGAUAAAAUAGUAGAAUAUUUAACUGUAUUAACAGAAUCUAUGAACCAAAAAUAUUUUAAAUAUUGGGGAUAUGAUCAAGCAUUAUUGAGUUAUCUUUAUACUACAAGAAAAUUAGAUUUCUUAAAUCCAAAGAUGGCAAAAUGUGAUCAACAAUUUUGUUUUGAAUUAAGAGGAGGAAGUAGAUAUGAUUCCAAAAAGAAAUCAUUGUAUGUUGGAAAUUCAGAAUGUUCUCCUGUUAUUAGACAUAAAUUAAUUGUUAAAGGGUCUGCUAUAAGAUUAACAUAA